UAUAAGCAACAGCCAUUUGGGCCUACUGUCGACAAAAUUCGACUAUACUCGGACUCAUUGGCUCGUUAUGGAAAAUCACCAUAUCUGUAUCCAUUAUAUGGUCUCGGAGAGCUACCUCAGGGUUUUGCUCGUUUGUCUGCAAUUUAUGGAGGUACUUAUAUGUUGGACAAACCUGUAGACAGCUUAGUCAUAGAGAAUGGCAAAGUAGUUGGUGUGAAGUGUGGUGAUGAGACUGUUCGUGGGAAGCAGUUUUGUGUUUGCCCUCGAGUCGAAUCUUCGCCUUAUAGCUGUCCUAGUUCUCACCACCAAGUCUAUUGCGAUCCAUCUUAUGCAAUGGACAGAGUGAAGAAGGUCGGACAAGUUGUCCGUGCUAUCUGUCUUCUAAAUCAUCCGAUUCCGGGAACGAAUGACGCUCAGUCCUGCCAAAUCAUAAUUCCGCAAAAACAAGUUGGACGACAUUUUGAUAUCUAUAUAUCUUGCUGCUCCAACACCAAUAUGGUAACACCAAAAGGAUGGUUUGUUGCUAUGGUGUCCACUACAGUGGAGACAGGCAAUCCAGAAGCCGAAAUUCUUCCAGGAUUACAGCUGCUGGGCACUAUAACUGAGAAGUUUAUCUCGGUCUCAGAUGUUUAUGAGCCAACAGACAUGGGUCACGAAUCGCAGAUCUUCAUUUCACGAUCGUAUGAUCCCACAACUCAUUUCGAAACAACAUGCAAGUUUUUGCUGCUGCCACAGCAUAAGAAUGACUUAUACUCGGAUGUACUCGAUAUUUUCCAACGUGGAACGACGCAAGAGUUCGACUUCUCCAAGAUUACGCAUCUCAGCCUCGAAGAUAACGAGUAACA